UCAUCAUGUGGUGUCUCGUAACAUUAUUAUCAUUUCUUUUACUAAACGGAGUAAGUGAAGCAGGUAGAACAAGCAGCUACGUUAGAGAAGCCUUACCAUCCCUUGAGAUUCCUAAGGAAGAUUUCCCACCACCUUCUGGUUACAAUGCUCCUGAACAGGUUCAUAUAACACAAGGUGAUUACAUUGGGAGGAGUAUGAUCGUUUCAUGGGUGACUCCGUUGGAGGAUCAACCCAAAUUCGUCACUUACUGGGAAGCCAAUGAGAAAAAGAGCGUCGAGACAAAUGGCGGUAUCAAGCGUAACCGUGCUCACGCAAUAACCACUACUUACCGAUACUAUAACUAUUCUUCUGCCUACAUUCAUCAUGCUACAAUCAAGAGAUUAAAGUACAACACAAAGUACAUAUAUGAGCUUGGCAAUGGCAACGGCACACGAAAAUUUUGGUUUACAACUCCUCCAGAAGUAGGCCCUGAUGUUCCGUACACGUUCGGGAUAAUUGGUGAUUUGGGACAAACACAAGCAUCAAAUCAAACCUUGGAGCAUUACUUGGCUUGCGGGAAAGGUCAAACUAUGUUGUUCCUUGGUGACUUUUCGUAUGCUGAUGUUCAUCCAUUCCAUGAUAACGAGAAGUGGGAUACAUUCGGGCGCUUCAUUGAGAAGAGUAGCGCUUACGAGCCAUGGAUAUAUGUCCCUGGAAAUCAUGAAUUGGACCUUGCUCCUGAAAUUGGAGAACACACUCUUUUCAAGCCAUACAAGCACAGAUACCACGUACCUUUCCGAGCUUCUGGAAGUACAUCGCCACUGUGGUACUCGAUUAAGCGUGCCUCAACACACAUCAUCGUGCUUUCAUCUUACUCGGCCUUCUCGAUAUACACUCCUCAAUAUCGAUGGUUGAAAGACGAACUUCCAAAAGUUAACCGGACUGAAACCCCGUGGUUGAUUGUUCUGAUGCAUUCACCAAUGUACAACAGUAACAACUACCAUUUCAUGGAAGGAGAAACCAUGAGAGUUGUCUUUGAGCCAUGGUUUGUUAAGUACAAAGUUGAUCUUGUCUUUGCCGGUCAUGUUCAUUCAUACGAACGUUCGGAGAGAGUAUCAAACAUUCAAUAUAACAUAACUGAAGGAAUAAGUAGCCCAGUGAAAGAUCCUUCAGCUCCAGUUUAUCUCACUGUAGGUGAUGGUGGGAACAUAGAGGGUAUUGCUGAUAGUUUCAUAGAACAUCAACCAAGUUACUCGGCUUUCAGAGAAGCGAGCUUUGGGCAUGCGUUACUCCAGAUAAAGAAUAGAACACACGCGUUUUACAGUUGGCAUCGUAAUCAAGACAAUGUGCCUAUAGCCGGAGAUUCUAUUUGGUUCUAUAAUCGUUACUGGUUUCCUAAAGAAGAGACUAGCUCCAACGCAUGAACGGCCUAAUGAAUAUCUUUUGAGUUUUGAUUGUUGAUUAGUUUUGGUUAGAUGAUUUUCAUAUUUCAUUAGCUACUAAUGUUCUUAUAGUAUUGAUAGUUUUUUAGUUUGUUGGUUUAUUUCCUAAAUGCAGAAGUUAAUUUAGUGAAAGGUUAUUUAGCAUUUUGUUAUUUAUUCUAUAAAUCGUG